AUGGCGGCGGCAGCAAGCGAAACGACGGUUCCAACGAGAAAGAGCCUCUCCUCCCUUUGUGCACGAGGGCACGAGGCCCGUGGAAUUCGGCGUUCGUGGUGGUGGUGGUGGUGGCGAGGCGGUUGCUUGCGAAUUGCGAUUUCGUGCUCGUGCGCCCCCUCGCGAAUCAAACCCGGGCGUCCGAUCCCCGCAGGACGCUCCCCGUCGCGCCACGCGCACCACUACGCCGGUUGCAGAGACACCCACAGAGAGGAAGCACGAAGCAUCGUCAUUCAUCGCUCUCGCAUAAGAACAACACACUGCCCUGCGCUCGCGUUCGCGUGCGUGGGGGCGGCGGCGGCGGCGGCUGAGGCAAUGGCUCGAGCACCUGGUGGCGUCCGCCGGAGGAGCGCGAGGAGGGACGCGGCCGGCGGCGGCGGCGGAGACGCGGUGCGGAAGGGCCCCUGGACGGCGGAGGAGGACGAGGUGCUGCUGCAGCACGUGCGCGCGCACGGUCCCAUGGACUGGAGCUCCAUUCGAUCCAAAGGCCUCUUGCCUCGCACCGGCAAGUCCUGCCGCCUCCGCUGGGUGAACAAGCUCAGGCCCAAUCUCAAAUCCGGUUGCAAGUUCUCUGCGGAGGAAGAGCGGGUGGUGAUCGAGUUGCAGUCGCAGUUCGGGAACAAGUGGGCGAGGAUCGCGACCUACUUGCAGGGCAGGACGGACAACGACGUAAAGAACUUCUGGAGUACUCGGCAGAAGCGGCUCGCCAGGCUCCUGCGCGCGCCCCUCCCUGCAAGAUCCAACAAGCAGAACAGCAGCAAAGGCAAAGCGCCUUCAUCAUCUUCUCUCGAGUCCCCAACUGCGACCACGUUUCAUCAGGGCCCGGCCUGCCUGGACCAAGCUUCAUUCGAGGGCAAUUCGUUCGGCUGCCAUUACUGCGAGGCUGCACCGUUCAUGGAACACCAGAAUGUCGCACGAGCCCCGUACGAUCAGGCAUGCUCUGGGUUCUUUGCUUUCGAGGGGGCACUGCCGCUGCAGUUUCUGGCACCUGCUGACGGCGAAGCGAGCUCAUCCAAUGCAGCUCAUCAGUUGGCGCCACCGCUGCCAUUCGACCCGCCUCUGUACCCUCUGGUCGAGCUCCCUGGCUGGACAGAUAGAUGUGUCGAGGCCGGCAAUGGGUUCGUCGACGCCGGUGCCAUGGAUGACCUCGCCUACCAGGAGCUGCUUCCAAUGGUGCAGGCUGCUCCGAUGAUGAUGCCGUUCUUUGGCAUGGAGUGUGCUCAUGAAGCCAUCAAGGGCGAGCCCCGCGACGCCUUCGGCGACCUGCCGCCGAACAUGUUCGACGACAAUCUUGAUCAGCUGCCCUCGUCGCCGCCGUCGCCGCCGUCGCCGUCUGGCGGCGACGAAUUCUGAAGUUGCAUGUUUCUCGCUCGAUGGACGAGGGACACAGUUGCGUGAUUCUUUUUCUGGUUCCGCAUUUCGAUCUCUUGUUCUGUGACAAGCUGACGAGCAACAGCAUUGCCUAGGAUGGUACCUUGCCGCCUACAUAUAUUGAACCUUCUAACGUGUCGAAUCAUGGCCUGUAUUGGAUGUGACAUUGUUUCCAAGUCGAUGCAGAAUAUGUAAGGUGUAUAUAAGUCAUUAUUACUACUACGUAAGUAGAUUAUUGUAGAACAUUGUGAUGAUAACAAGUUAGCAACGAUGGCGCAUGGCCACUUGCUAAUUGUUACAGUACUGCUCUAGAGUCAAGAUUAUGACAUUAAUUCAGUGAAGCAUUCAGCAGGCACGCUGCUAUCUCACAUUGUUGCGACUUCACAUGUCCCAAUCCUCUCUAUGGUCACUCUAGAGACUAUCGUUUUUAUCACAUCUGUUAAAGCAAA